AAUAAAGGGGUUAUACCUGCAAGGCACUUCGAUGCCAAAGUAAGAAAGAAAACAAUAAGGUACAACAGAAAAUAUGAGAGUUUGGGCAAAAUUUGGAUUACCUUGCCCUCUAGAAGUAGGUCUUAACUAGAUGGGCGUACGGGACUAGCCGUUGCCGGAGACGACUGUCCAGCGUGCUCGGAUGAUCCUUGGUCGUGGAGACCUAGAGAUUAGUCGUGCCUGGUAGAGAGGGGAACUUGCCUUCUGCCGGUUCUAUGGAUCCGGUUAAUGCUUAUUGGGCCUAUAUAAAAGCUUUAUAUAUGAGUCUGCAAGAAUACAACUUAGAGUGUAUUUUAACUACUUUUUAAUUAAAACUUCCUAAAACAUACAUUAUAUAUAAGCAUAUGAAUUAGAGGAUAUUUCAUUUCAUAAGAUGGCAACUGAAUGGAACUCUGAUAUCCUUCAUGUAACAUACACUGUGUUUGGAUGGAUCGCUUUUCUGGCUUGGGCUUGUAGUUUCUAUCCUCAACUUUUCUUGAACUUCUCAAGAAAAAGUGUGGUUGGUUUGAACUUCAACUAUCUGUUAUUGAACAACACCAAACAAACCUUAUAUCUCAUCUACAACGCCACUUUGUACUUCAGCAAUACUGUUCAGUUUCAGUAUCAUAAGAAAUAUGGCUUUGAUCAGAUGAUACCAGUAGGUGCAAACGACGUUGCCUCCUCGAUAAAUGCUGUUGUGCUUACAGGAAUGAUUUUGUUCCAAACUACAAUAUAUGAGCGUGGAAAUCAAUCAAUAUCAAAAAUUACCAUUGGUAUUGUAAGUGUGGUGUGGAUAACUGUUGGAGUUUGCUUUUUCAUGGCAUUCCCUUCCAAUUCUUGGCUUUGGCUAAUUUACAUCUUUAAUUCAAUGCAAGUAAUUCUGUCAAUUAUCAAAUAUAUUCCUCAGGUAGCUAUGAACUUCAUGCUAAAGAGCACAGUUGGAUUUAGUAUUGGAAAUGUGUUCUUAGAUUUAAGUGGAGGAUUUACAAACACUAUUCAAAUGGCUACACAAUCUAUUGAUCAAAAAUCUUGGGUGAAUUUCUCAGGAAAUAUUGGCAAAGUAAUGCUAUGUACGGUAUGCAUGUUCUUUGAUCUUGUUUUUAUGUGUCAACAUUAUGUGUUGUAUCCAUCAAAGAAAGAAUCAUCAAUCACUCCUUCUAAAUUUGAUGACAAACUCAAAGAGCCUUUUAUCAUGUCUUCUAAUCAGCCAUUAACAACAAAUGUGCCACUGGCUGAAAAUAUUGUUUGAUUUUGUAUUUAUUUGUAAAGUCAAAAUGAUGAUAAUUAGUCAUGAAAAUAUUGUUUGAUUCUUUUUGUUUAUAAAGUGAAAAUAUUGUUUCAUUUAUGGAUAUUUGGGGUGUAAGUAACAAUCUAGUAAGAACAUAUAAUGGGCUACUUAUGGUGAUCAACCAUCUCCUAGUAUAAAUAGAACCUUUAUGUCAUUAUGUUAAAGAGAAUUUCUUAUUAGACCCCCUAGUCUUCUUGGUCACCCACGCUGAAAUUUUCAAAAUGCCCCUUUAUGUUGGAAAUGCAUUUUCGAAGUCAACUUUUUAUGAAAAAAAAGGUGGUUUCUGAGAUGCACUUUCGAAAACGCCAUUUUUUUUGUAAAAAAAGGUGUUUUCGGAAGUGCAUUUCCGAAAUAAAGUUUUUUCCCUAAAAAAGGUGGUUCUGGAAGUGCAUCUCCGAAUUCACCCACUUGAAAGAAUUCGGAUAUGUACUUCCGAAAUCUUCUCUGAUACAGAAACCAUGAAACAAACAACAACGCUUCGA